UUAAUGAGUUUGGAAUAUUGAACGUAGUAGCCAUUGUAGUUGACAGUGUUUGUAGCGGUAAUGGACGAUUCCAUUUGGAGAAAGGAUGUAUAGUUAUUGCGCAAAUGUAGUGUGGUUAUCUCUUUGUGACUGUUACUCAUCUUUAUAAAGAACAUAGUGAUAUAUGGUUUGUGGUACUACGUGACGUUUAUUUCGUGCGACCAUAAGUGCGACAUCUGACUUAACAAAAGCUGGCAACAGGAAUGUGAAGACAGUUUGUGUGGCAGAAAUCGUAAAUCUCACUGUGUGAUAAUGUGUUCGCAAUUAGUAUAUGUGGCACUAAUGUCUGAACUGAGGAGAAAGAGAAACUAUGUACCAGAGACUGGAACUUCGGCAGAUAAAUCCUGUGAUUUGAAGUUCUUGAGUGAACUUAAAUUCGAGACCGGUAAAGAUGAUAUAAAAAAAAGAAUAUGAAGGAUUUCCUAUCUGCUGCAAACCCUGCCGCAGCCGUAUGAAGACAGUUUUGAAGAUGUAGUUCAACAAACGAGGAAAUUACCUUGGUUGUCACUUGUGCAAAGCCGGACAUAAAAAUAUGGCAUUAUUCUGUCUUGCACUGUUAUACCUGUCAGCUUUUGCAAGUGGAACUGAUAUUUUUAAUUAUGAACGCACAUUAACAUUGGCUGAGCAGAAAUUUUCUGAUGUUUCAAACAAGGACAGCUCAGGAAGAGCUGUCAAAUCAAGAAGAAGUGCAUCUUCCAAAUAUUAUGUCAUACCUGACGCAACAACUGCUUCUUCCCAACCAUUAACUAGCAUUUUUACUCCUGAUUUGUCAUUAAAAACAAGCACACCACAUACAUCACGUUUUUUCCAUUCUAUUAACAGGAGUCACUCAGGAAUACUGGUGAGGUCUGUUAGUAGGUACAACAGUGGUGUUCAAUCUACUCCUUCACCAUACACUACUCCAAACACACAUGAAGUACCUUCUCUCUUGCCUCAUAUGAGAAAAUUCUUUACACCUCCACUUCCUCCAGAAUAUUCAAAUCCAUUUGCUGACAAACCAACUUUGCGAGGCAGUUAUUCUGAUUCAGGUUCAUCAAACAGACGUCCAAUUCCACCACCUCCGCGACCCCCUUCAAACAGAGAACGAAUUCCAGAUAGACCUCCAGACCUUGUUCCAUUGGAGAAGGAGAGGUCAUCUCCCCGAGACAAAAAGAAGCCUCUGAAUACACCAAGUUUCAACCGACCCCCAGAAACCCCUUUCUCUGAAGUAAGCAACAGCAAUUUCAAUGUACGACACAAUAAUGAAUCGGAAUACGAAACUGUUCCCAGUUUACAUUCUCCAAGUGUUUCACGUAUAUUGUCUGGAAGCAGUGGCCGAAAACCAAGUAACCCAGGAAUUAUUAUAAAGCCAAAUACAGAAUCCAAAGCCCCUCAGUUACCAGGUAUAUAUCCAAGAACAGAAACAAGUUCUGUUGAUGUACAACAAGGCUCAGAAAAUAUUGCGCUAAAGCCCAGCUCUAAUCAUUCACUAUUUUCCAAAUCAGAUUUCACAGAUACUAAAGAGAAACAGACAGGAAUUUCUGGAGUACAGGAUACUGUACCAGCAGACGCUGACAUAGCUGUGGAUGAGCGUAGUACAAGACGUGAUGAAGAGUUACCAGAUGAUCAACAGCAGCCUCCUAAAUCUGAUGAUCGUGGGAUUCAUGUGGCUAUUUCUCCAAGUACACCAGCCCACAAAGAUCUUCGUGGCAAAUGGGGUGUUGCAUGGGAUGUUCAUGUGUAUCUUACUGGAAGCCUCUUUACAGUGCUUAGUAUUUGCUCAUUCAUCAACAUUGCACGUGCAAAUUCGUGUAGACGACUGCUUUCAUAUGGCUAUUUUGUGUCAUUGCAUGCAUUACUGUUUGUAGUUGGUAUAUUGCGUAGUGUAUAUUUGUUUUAUGAUGGGUACAAUGUGAAUAAGUCUUUUCCAGAACCAGUUUCACUUUUGAUGUUUCACAUUGUUUCACCUUGCAUCACAUCUGCAUUUUUAGUACUUUUUCUCUUCCUCCUCCUAACUACAAAGGUCUAUGUAUUUGGUGUUUAUUUGCAGAAACCUACAGUUAUUGCAAUUUUUAUAAUUGUACAUAUUGUUUUGUGUGUUAGUUUGGACCUUGCAUCUGGCUUUUCUCCAGAAUCUUUUCUAUCUCUGAUUUGUCAGUGUUUGUUUGUCCUUAUAUGUGUAUGUGUUGGCCUGGCAUAUUUGUACUCAUACAGGAUGUUAGUCAGGUCUGCAACUCGUAAAAUGGAUAGCUCAUUUGGAAACAAUUUCACAAAUAUUCAUCACCCAACGCUAUCUAUAGCAAUACGUUUGACAUUAGCUGCAGCACUAUUAAGUUUGCUGCUGUCAGCUGCCCAUUUGUAUGGGAUAUUUGGUGUUGAUGACAAUUUAGAGUGGGAGGGUAAGUCUCUUCCUUGGCUGCGAUGGGGUCAUCAGUUUUCAGUUCGGGUAAUAGAGAUUGCAAUUUGCUUCUUACUGCUGAGUGCUGGUGUUCAGCCUAUGCGCCAGGAUCGUGCUGAAGCUGCAAAAGGGCAGCAAAAUUCAGGCCUUGCACUAUUUCGUUGUCGUCAGUGCACUAAUACGACCCAGAGUAAUGAAACAGCUGAUGACAUUUAUCCGGCUGUAUGUGUAACAAAUCAAGCUAUUCAUGACUAUACUGUUCGUACAGGGAAGAAAGUUUAUGAUGAUUCAUUCCCAUUAAACAAUCUUCACACCAGUUUUUCUGCUUCAGAAUCUGGUUUUUCUGUCUCUACCUCAGAACGUAGGCUUUUGAGAAAGUCAGGCUAUGUUCCACAUGAGGCUCCGUUUCCAGUUACAGAAGUGGGAUCUUCUGAGAGGAGAUCUGUCAAGAAAGGUCCAGUAUUUACAGGAGAAAGAGCGGAGUUUGAUAUUCCUUUCUCAACCGUUGAAGUUAGGCGAUCAUUGAAGGGUAGUGGGACUCUUGCGAGACAGAAUGUGAGACGACCAGAACCAUCAUUUAAAUGUAGCUCGUCAAAUGAUGGACAGGCGCACAAAACUUCAGGGAUUAUUGAGUCACAAUAUUGUGGUGCGCCAGUGAGUUCUGAUGUCCGUCGUUCAGUGAAAAAAUCGGGUACACUUGUGUCUUUAAACUCUGAAAGGCGAACUCCUGUACAUCAGCAUAGGAAUGUGUCACAAACAUUGUCAUCAGCAAGAGAGAGAAUAUCCCCUUCAAUGUUAGUGGCAGAGAAUGGGUUUGUUAGGUUCCGCACUUUAGCAGACACAGAAUUGGAUCCAAGUGAAAUGGUACGUAGAUAAAAUGUUGGAUUGUGGAAAAAAGAGAUUGUUUUAGAUUGUAUGUUAAAUGUCUAUUUGAUGUUGUUUAAAAGAGUGCUGCUGAGCACGUAACUGCAGUCUGUCGUGUCUAUAAGAAUAAUCAGAUCUGGACUACUCAAACUUAUUGCUUGUGGCUACUGCCACUUCACUUGGUUUCUUAUAUGAAACUGUGUGUUGGAGCAGUAAUGAAACUGUUAUGCCACACAUGGUUUUCUGUAGAAAAGGUGUUUUCUUGUGCUGUAAAUCUCUUUUAGACUGCCAUAUAUUGUUUUUAUUGUUUUAUCCUUCUUUUCUAUCACAUUUUCUUUGUAAAUUGUAUUAUUGUACUUAAUGUGUAUUUUUUUUUUUGCUAUGUUAUCUACAUUUGUUUCUGAUUUUGUACAACUUUUUACAACAGACUGAAACAAUGUCCAAUUUCAGUAUUACAUGAAGGGUGUUAAUUUUAUGUGCUUGUUUAUAUCUUUGAAUUAAUAGACUAGAUUUUGAGAUUUUGUACAGAUAUUUGUGAGUGUGUGUUUGAAAAUGAUUUAAAUUUGUAAAGAACUAAUUAUGGGAAGAAUGUGUUGAGUAUUAUAUGUUGAGGAAGUAGCUAUAUCAGUGCUGUUCCUUGUUGUGAGUACAACUUUGAUGUCUUUUGUGAUAAAAGUUAUACAUAGAUCUAGUAAAUGUUGUACCUCCUGCCUGACAUUUCUGUGUUAUAUGACCUGUUCAGGAAGCUUAGUUUUAUGUUCAAAAGUUUAUAUGAUAAAAAUGUUGAAAUGCAAUGGAUCUACAAUGACUGACAUUUUAGUAUAGUAUUUUAUGUAUUAUAAUUGUUCCCUGUUUGUCUUGUGACUUUAUUGCCACUUGAAGUUAAGACUGUUGUAAUUUUCAGGUAUUUUUUGUCAAUAUACUGUAGAGGAAAGUCAAAUAAUACUAAUGAGCUUUUUGUGUAAUCCCCCGCCCUCCCCCUGCGCUCUGCCUCCCCCCACUCUCUGCUUCCCCCCACUCUCUCCUUCACUCCCUCCCCACCCUCUCACUUCCUCCCCCUUUUUCCUCACACAUCCCCCCUCAAUAUUAAGCAUGAUCCUCAAACAAAUAUAGUGUAAGUUAAAAUCAUCCAUGUACAUAUAUAUAUGUUCUUGCUCUCGUUACAUUAUAGAUGUUUCAAAAUGAUGAUAAUUUUUUCAUGAUGGAAUGAGAUGCAGAACAAUCUGUAAAUUCUGGUAGAUUCGAUAUGAUUCAAAAAUUAUCUGAAACUGCUCCAGAAAUCUGCAUUUUUGCUUAAUUUUAAUUGAAAACUUUUCUGAAAAGCUGUUCUUGGUAUCAGAUGUAAUGCAACAGACCUUUGUUGUCCAACAGGGAAAUGAAAACUGUUUUUCAGAGUUGUCCAUUUUUUUAUGGAAAGAAAAGGCAAUAAGCUAUUCUUUGUUCGUUUUAUGCAGGUUGGGGAGGGGUACAUGUAAUUUUGCCUGCAGGUAAUCUUGCAAAAGUUAUUUGUGCCAUAAUUUUUUCUGGCGAUUUUGAACCCAUCCGUGUUAUAUAUGUGUAGAGAUUUAUGUGUAAAGACAUCCAUUGAGAGGGAAACAUCUUUCCUAGAGGUGGGUAGAAGGCGGCAUAGUUCAUCAGCAGAGCAGUGUCUGAAGUGACUGUUGACUUAUACAAGCUAUGAAAUCUUUGUGCAUGUCUCAUACUUCCUCAUUAUUGUGCUUGGGCAUUGUGGUUUUUUGUGUACAUAACAUCUGAAUGUAUUUUUUACUGUUGUUAUAUCUCUUAAACUGUCCAGUUGAAUUCAUUGAAUUAUAGCGUCUGCAGAUAUAGCAUAGAGAUCAUGCAUGUCAUUGUGGGUAUUCCACUGUCACCCUCCCCUCUCCUCCCCUCCCCUCCUCUCCUCCCCUCCCCUCCCCUCCCCUCCCCUCCACUCCUUGUGUGAUCUGCAUUGGUGAGAAAUGUGUCUUGAUGUCAAAAAGUAUUUUCAUCAGGUAAGACUAGACCUGUAUAAACUAAAAGAACUGAUGUGAUAGAAACAUAAAAAUAAUAUUAACAAUGACAACAGAAGCAUAAAUGGUAAUGAUGGAUGAUAGUGGAAAAAUAAAUCAGCAUAUAACAUUGUGAAGCCCAGAAUAAAUGAAGGAAAAAUGUGUAAAACCGAUUUCCAGCUCAGGUGCAAGUACGGCAAUACUGUCACCAAUGUAAUAGCAAGUAGAUACUAUAGUAAUUAAAUGGAACAGAACAUCACCCUUACUGGUAACCGACAUUAGUGCAACCACAUGAAGAUCAAAUAUUGAAAACUGUUAAUCAUAAAUUGCUGAAGUGUAUCUCAUAAAGUUGAAAAAAUGGUGUAAUAGAUAUUCACAGUAUUUUUUUUUUUUUUUUUUUUUUUUUUUUUUUUUUUUUUUUUUUUUUUUUUUUGAAUUGCAGCUAGUCUAAAAUGUUAAAUAUAAAUAUGCUCUCCUAGUUGUGUGUUUGCUACAUUAUUGUGUUCCCAAGUGCCAUUGAGUGUGUAAUGUAAACUGACUUUUUGUUAAACACAAACAAGAGUGAGUGAGUGAAUCUUUCAUCCAGCAGGAGAGUGUACCCUGUGAGGACAGAUUGUGUGUCAGACUUGAAUAACUCAUUCAGGGAAAGCAUUGCUUUUGUAAGGCAAGGUUCCAUGUUUCAGUCUCAAUCCGACACUCUGUUUUAAUCUGCUGGUUUCAAAUAAGAUCAGUGAUUAAUAUUGAAAACUAGCUCAGAUACUCAAACUGGUUUGUGUUUACUUAAGUAUAGGUGUUGUUGGCAACAAAUUCCUCAAAUGCAGUAUCUUAGUGUAACAUAAAUGAUUUACUUUUGACAAACUGCAAUUCUCACAAUGCUUUAUUCAUGUUGUGCAACCUGGUAAUGAUUUUUGUGUGCAUUGAAAUUUUAUUUGCAUGUGUUUCUAAACAAACACAUAUCAAAAAAUGCCUGCACUUUAAGUUGUGUAUUACUUCUUUGGGUUCAAUCUCAUCAAAUUUUCAUUACCUUCAUUGUAAUGUGAUGAAAUUUUGCUUGUUUAUUAUCAGUACCUCAUGUGUAUGUUGUGUAAAUUUGCUGUUAAUACUGAUGACUUGAAAAUAUUUCAGGCCAAGCUGGAUUUAGAGAGAUGUGCGCGUUAAUGUAGAAAUUAUUAUUUGACUUUCCUCUAUCACAUUUAAGACAUGAGAAAGAGCUACAGUUAAUCAUAUAUACUUUUAAAUAUCCUCUAUGAGAGAUACAGUGUGAAUAUUUAUAUGUAUUUUUAGUCUCAAGAUUACAGCUUUAUUGUAAUCCCAGAAAUCUAUUUCAAACCAAUUCAUUUCAAUAGAUGACAGCUUAAUUUUGUUUUUGUUCUCAAAUUUGUGUUGGUACUUUGCAGCUCCUACCUCUAUUAUACUGUAUUUAUAAUUGUGAUGAAAUUCAUAUUAUGUGCAUAUCCAUAACAAACAAAAGUACAGAACAUAUUUUCAUCAGUAUUUUACUUUGUAUGUGAAAAAACUAUAAACAGUUUUAGUUUCAGUGAUCUACACUUCAAAAUAAGUUUGCUGUGUAUUUGCCACUCCUGAUGCUCAGUUUAUGCUGUUGAACAGCCAUAAAGAUUGAGACAUUUUAGUUUCAGUAUUACUUAAUUAUAGUUUAUACUGUUGUAAUGUCAAAUCAUCUUGUGUAUGUAAAACUGUUUUUUGGGAAUGUUUGUUUGAAGAUUAAUGACAUAUGAGUCCACAUUUUCCACUUCCUUUCUUUCUUUCAAUUUUCCACAUUGUCUACAUAUGCCUUCUUCCCCCAGCCGCGUGUGUGUGUGUGUGUGUGUGUGUGUGUGUGUGUGUGUGUGUGUGUGUGUGUGUGUGUGUGCACGCUUGUGCCUGAUUUUUUGAUCUUUAUUCAUCAGGGAGACCCCUUUUCCCCCUCAAGAGCUACAGAAUAUGUAUGUACAGCAAACCAGUUUGAUAGGUUCAGUUUAAAACACCGAACUAUUAAAUGAAGUACAAACCUUUUAAUUUAUGCUUAGGUUUAAAGAUUGAUUUGUGAUUGCUUAUAUUCAAUUUUAAAAUUACUGGUACAAUUCAUUUCAAAAUAAUUUUAAGUAUUGCCUACUGAUGACUGUAGACAAUGUGUGUUAUCUCAGUGGACAUCUGCAAUGUAGAUGUUGGAAUUGCAAAUAUGGUAACUAAUGCAUCCCUCCUAUGACUGUGUGGUUGGGUGAGCGGAUGAUUAAGGAAAAUGAACAAAGUUACCCCUUGUUCUGUUGUGAUUCCUGCCGUCAGGCUGCCCUCUUCCGUGCAUUAAAAAUUUCCUGCCAGCUAGUUAAGCAAGUAAGUACAGUUGUUGAAAGCUGCCACAUGUUUUUAGUUGGUAUUUGUAAAUAAAACAGUAUGUGUUGAUUGUUGUUUGAAAGAGCUAAGGUCUCACACUGCAUAGUUGCUCAGUUUCCUUGGAAUUGGAAAGAGUUUCUUAUGUUUCCUUGUCUGUGAGUUGUGUUUCUUUUGGUAGUGAUAGGAAGAUUACUUCGACAGAAACCAAGUAGGAGUUUGUGCAAUAAAUAAUUAUUUUGAACCAUGCCAUGCUGUGAAAACACAUCUGUAAAUCUUUUGCCAUUAGAUCUUUCAUGUUUCAGUUACAAUGAUGUUGCAAAGAAAUUUGUUUUAAUUUGUAAUUUCAUUGAAAAAAAAGAAGAAAAAGAGUGCUAAUAUAUUUUGUGGGUAAUUUUGACAGUGUUUAGGAUUUUGGUGACUGUUAACUUAAAUUACAUGUAUUCUGGGUGCUUCAUUAAUGAAAUAGGGCAAUAGUUGCUAUCUCUUGUGUGGUAACUGUGCAGAUACAAACAAACAAGUGUGUUUGAGAUUUAUGAGACCUCUGUUUCAAAGCAAAAUGUGUCCUGAACACAGAUUUUUAAGAACAGAAUAAUGCUUUGGAAGAUAACACACUUUCAUAUUCAGUGAAUUAUUUUGUUUAAAAUCUUGUGGACUUAUCUUAAUUUAAAAAGAACCAUAAGAUUUUUUAAAAGUAUCAUAAAGUUGAGGAGAUUAAAGAGAACAGGAAUUCUGGUUAAUGUUUGUAAACUGAAUUAUUUUUUGUAAGGAACUGAGAGCUAUGGGUGCAGAAAAAAUUUGAAUUAUUAAAUGAAUUAGUAGAUGGAAAUAAUGGUUUGAAGGAAAAAAGAUGCAAGAUUUUGUUUAACGGAAAUAACUGGGCAUGUGAAAUGUUUUGCAUAUGGUGCUGUAAAAACUGGAAUAAAUCAAGUGGAGAGAGUUUGAGAGAAUGGACAAUGAAAGGUUGGACAGUAUGAGGAAUCUGUGGCUGGAAAACGCACUGUUGUAAAAGAGGGGCUGGCACUGGAGAAAAAUUAUUUAUUUUUGACUUCCAUUUCAAUUGAUUACUAAAUAAUGGGUGGAAAAAAAAGUGCUAAAUGCUAGGAAGUGACAGUAAACAGCAGGUUCUCUGUGUUCCUUUCCUUUUGUCAGUUAUCUUGCAUCAUCUCUGUUUCUCAUAUAAAUGCAGUACAGUAACUAAUUCCUAAGAAAUGGGUGAGGGGAUGCUGGUAAACGAUCUGAUUAAUACACUAAAACAUUUGAAAGGACAAAAAGCAACAUUUCAAGCUGUAGAACCAUUAUUGUAACUGAGUUCAUUGCUACAAGAAACGAAAUGAGGAAAUUCUUUAAAGAACCUUCGAGAUGUUUGGUUUAAAUGCUAGUUAUUACUCCCAACCUCCCCUUGAUCCCCUUGCGUGCUCUCUCUCUCUCUCUCUCUCUCUCUCUCUCUCUCUCUCUCUCACACACACACACACACACACACACACACACACACACACACACACACACACACGGCAGCACUUUAAAACCAAAUUUAUGUGCAGGUAAAGGCUGGCAGUAAUGGAAAUAUUUUGUAUGGAGACAAAUUUACCUUGUGUACUCACAGUUUGAAUCAUGACAGCGUAUGGUCCCCGUAUAAUGGAAGCUUUGGCAUAAUACAGAUCAUUAGUUAUAUUUUUAAUGAGGCAUCUUAUUUUGUAAGCACAACUUUUGAUAACAUUUUGAAUAUUUUGUAUGUGUGAAAGGUAGCAGCCUUAGCAGCAGCAAUUGAUGUGUCGCUAAAUUAUGUAAUGCCUUUCGAAUGAGUAUUAACUUGCCAUCAGCCGUUUUACAGUAAUUUUUAGGAACUACAGUUGAUACGGAGUUCCAUGUAACCGUGAUUUAAAUAUUUUCUGAUUCCCUUAAUAAAUCUUCAGUAAUCCCGACAUUGUGCAACAGUGCCAAAACUGUGACAAUAAACUUUUAAACUAUUUAACAUACCGACAUGAGAAUGUGGCUUCAGAUGUUCCUUUUACUGUAAAACAGGAAGAAAUGGUAAAGAAUAUUAGUGUGAUUCCCGUUCUGUUAAAAAGUCUGAUAAGAUUACACUGGUUGCAUCUGCUUAUGGCUACAGAAAUCAGUCUACUGUAAAUUUUGUUUAAAAUAUUUUAAAUGUGGAGCAUAUAUGGCUAUUGAAUAAUCAUAUCGAUGUUGUGUAUUACAUUUGAGAAGAUACAGCUUCACACAGUAUCAUGUGAAGUCAUUACUGUUAAACUGUGUAUGUACUUAAAGCAAAUCUGCUAAGUUGUUUUGAUGUCAUAGUAGCUAUAUGUAAAAUUGAAGUAAUUUAAUGUGAAUUUUGAUGUUUUACAAUAUGAUUCCCGUCACUGAAAAUGUGAAUUUCUCUGUAAUUUGCACAUAUGUAUGUGGAUCAUUGAUAUUGAUGUUUUAACUGGGCGUUAGUAGUGUUUCUGUGGUAAAUUCCUAUUCAGAUUUGUGUUGUGUUGUAGAGAAACUGUUUCCUGCUUUACCUGUAAGAAUUGGCAUAACAACUUGCUGGAAACUAGAGAUUUUGUGCAGAUGUUCGAAACUAUGAAGUACUGUCAUCAAAUGACAGAAGGUGAGG